AGAAGCAGAAGAGUGCUCACCGGAAGUAGGAACCGUCGUGCUCAGUUGUCGGUGUUUCCGGCCGGACGGGUGAUGCUGGUGCCCCGGGACUGGGGGAGUGGAAACCGGAGGACGCUGCAAGUCGGGAAGCAUGUCCAGCUUCUCUAGGGCGCCCCAGCAAUGGGCCACUUUUGCUCGAGUGUGGUACCUCUUAGAUGGCAAAAUGCAGCCCCCUGGCAAACUUGCAGCUAUUGCCUCGAAAAAACUUCAAGGGUUACAUAAACCAGUGUACCACCAGCUGAGUGACUGUGGAGAUCAUGUUGUCAUAAUAAACACAAGACAUAUUGCCUUUUCUGGAAACAAAUGGGAGCAAAAAGUGUACUCCUCACAUACCGGCUACCCAGGUGGGUUUAGACAGGUAACAGCUGCACAACUUCAUCUGAAGGACCCAGUGGCGAUUGUGAAAUUAGCUACUUAUGGCAUGCUGCCCAAAAACCUGCACAGAAGAACCAUGAUGCAAAGGUUGCAUCUUUUUCCAGACGAGGAUAUUCCAGAAGAUAUUCUCAAGAACUUAGUGGAAGAGCUUCCUCAGCCACGGAAAGUGCCGAAACGGCUGGAUGAGUACACCCAAGAGGAAGUAGAGGCUUUCCCGAGAGUGUGGGCUCCACCUGAAGAUUAUCGGCUAUAGGAAAGUGGAAGUGAUCAAAAAAACAACAAGAGACUGGAUGCUUCCUGAGGAAUCCCCUGACCCGGAACAGAGAGAAAACAGCACUUGAGCUCACCGUGGGAACACCCGAGGCAGGCCUCAGCAAGACACUGCAGUAGAACACACUACUUCACAGAAUUCUCUGUGGAGCCUGGUUUAAAUGCUGUAAAUGUUAAUAAACCGCUCACUUGGUUAUCCA